CGCACGUGGGUUUCACUGUCAUUAACAGAUCGGGCUUCACGCAGCAGCCACGCCGACCUACCGCCGCGUCACCACAGUGGGCGUGCCUGUGAGUAAGGUGGCCAAUCACCAGUCUCUGUUCUACGAUGGGCGUGGCCUGCAUUCAGUGGCCAGAAAACAGUAGCUAACCAGAAUAGUUAGCUCUUCAGCUAGUUAGCAACUUCUGAAAUGGCGUCGUUAGCGGCGACAGAACCAGCGGCAUGUCCGGGUGCGACACCGGCCGCGGAGUCCAUAGUGCCCGCUUGUAUGUUCGCACCGGACCGCGGAUGUGCCGACGACCUAUCCGGCACGGACGACUUCGAAGACGGCGAGGGCACAAACGGCGAGUCCGCGGAUCUCUUGCACUUAAGCAACAAGCUGGUUCUAGUGAGUCCAUCGGGGGAGCAGUAUGAUUCAUUACUCCGGCACCUGAGGGAGCAGAUCGAUGAAGGCUGUGGAGAGACCAUCUACGUGGUUGGGAUGGGCUCAGACGGGGGCGACUACGGCCUGGACGAGAAGGACAUGGAGGCGUCGGUAGCCACGGUGCGCUCGCUGUGCGAACAGAUCGAGGCCGACCUGAUCCUGCUGAGAGAGAGGACGGACACCGGCGGGAGGAUCCGGGACUACCUCAUCCGACGGCGUGUGGGCGAGCAGGAUUUCCUGGAAGUCAGAGUUGCGGUGGUAGGGAACGUGGACGCGGGGAAGAGCACCCUGCUGGGGGUUCUGACCCACGGUGAGCUGGACAAUGGCAGAGGCUUUGCUCGCCAGAAGCUCUUUAGACACAAACAUGAAAUGGAGAGUGGCAGGACCAGCAGUGUGGGCAAUGAUAUCCUGGGUUUUGACCAGGAGGGACAGGUGGUCAACAAGCCGGACAGCCACGGCGGCGGCCUCGACUGGACCAAAAUCUGUGAGAAGUCGUCAAAGGUCAUCACCUUCAUCGACCUGGCCGGCCACGAGAAGUACCUGAAGACCACCGUGUUCGGCAUGACGGGCCACCUGCCCGACUUCUGCAUGCUCAUGGUGGGCAGUAACGCCGGCAUCGUGGGGAUGACCAAGGAGCACCUGGGCCUGGCUCUGGCCCUCAACGUGCCCGUGUUUGUGGUGGUGACCAAGAUCGACAUGUGUCCAGCCAACAUCCUGCAAGAGACACUAAAGCUGUUGCAGAGGUUAUUAAAGUCACCGGGCUGCAGGAAGAUCCCGGUGCUGGUCCAGAACACGGACGAUGUCAUCGUCACCGCCUCAAACUUCAGCUCUGAGCGGAUGUGUCCCAUCUUUCAGAUCUCAAACGUGACGGGGGAGAACAUGGAUCUGCUGAAGAUGUUCCUCAACCUCCUCUCCUCCAGAACCAACUUCAACAACGACGAGCCCGCCGAGUUCCAGAUAGACGACACGUACUCCGUGCCGGGGGUGGGCACCGUGGUGUCGGGGACGACGUUACGCGGAAUGAUCCGUCUGAACGACACGCUGCUGCUGGGCCCCGACCCGCUCGGCACCUUCAUCCCCAUCGCGGUGAAAUCCAUCCACCGCAAGAGGAUGCCGGUCAAGGAGGUCCGGGGGGGGCAGACGGCCUCGUUCGCCCUCAAAAAGAUCAAGCGCUCCUCCAUAAGGAAAGGCAUGGUGAUGGUCUCCCCCAAGCUGAUGCCGCAGGCCACCUGGGAGUUUGAGGCUGAGAUUCUGGUGCUGCACCACCCGACCACGAUAUCCCCGAGGUACCAGGCCAUGGUGCACUGCGGCAGCAUCCGGCAGACGGCCACCAUCCUGACCAUGAACAAGGACUGUCUGAGGACGGGGGACAAGGCCGCCGUCCACUUCCGCUUCAUCAAGACCCCGGAGUACCUCCACUGUGACCACAAGCUGGUGUUCAGGGAGGGGCGCACCAAAGCCGUGGGCACCAUCACCAAGCUCCUCCAGGCGGUCAACACCCAGGCAGCCAAAGCCCAGCAGGCCAAGCUGCUGGUCAGCAAGAAGACCUUCAGGGAGGGCUCGGCCAAUGAGGAGGCUGGAUCCACGGCGAGGCCCCCCAGUCCCAACGCAGCCCAGCUCCCAACAGAGGAGGAGCUUCUGUGCAAAGACGGCAACAAAGAGAACAAGCUCAAGUCGGGGGGCGGAGGACGCCGGCGAGGCGGCCAGCGGCAUCGAGGGAAAGGUCUGAACGCGGCGACCAUCUCCACAGCGGUUCCUGCGGGAGCAGCAGGCACCGCCUAGAACCCUCAUCCCUCAGGGGGGGGGGCAAAGGGGGGGGGGGGCAAAAAGACUGAAAAACCAUGUUUCUUUAAUAUUAAAUGAACACGAGUUUGUUCCUCUCCAGAAAAUGAUUGAUUUUACACAUGAAGUUAAAACUGUUCUUUUGUUGUGAGAUUUGUACACAACAUUUUUCUAUUUUAAUACCAAGGUUUUUUUGGGGGGGGGGUGUUUUAUCUUGUUUACCACGUUUUGUAGCCUUAGUUUCCAGGCAGCUGUCACCUUUCCCUCCUAAACGCACGACAUCAAAUCCUCUUCCUUUUCUUUUCUUCAUUCCCCACCCGACGCUCUGUUGGGUGGAGGAGCUCGUCGUCACGGAGACAUCAGCAUCCGCUCCUAGAAACGGGAACCGACGCCAUGGUUGAUGUCCAGAUCUCCAGAGCCAAAGCAUUUGACCCCGAACCCCCCCCCCCCCCCCCAGCACCUUUACAGCAUUACUUUCCUUCUUUUGGUCAGGAGAACAUAUUUAUUAAAGGAUGCAGCUGUGACUAGUGCCCCCCCCCCCCCCCCCCCCCCCCCAUAAAGGUCAUGUUUUCAUUGAGGAUAGAGGCAGAGACAUUCGGGUCCUUGAGCUUCAUGUGAAGUCCAACGGCGGGUCGUGACCCCGCGCAGGCAGCAGAAAUAAUGUGACGAGUAGAUUGAAUAAAAGCGACCUGGUGUCCAACGCUGCGUCGCCGUGACAACCGCCCCCCCCCCCCCCCCCAUCCCGUCUGUGCUUCUGGGCUGUGAGUCUUAGAUUGUAAAUAAACAUUAACGAUGACCGAACGUCUUCUGGUUUUAUCCGAUUGUUUGAAGUUGUCUCUCAUACAAACGAUGACCUUCUCAAAGUUUCACGUGUUCUUUUGUUUGAGGGGAGAUUUGUGUACAAAGAGGAAUAAAGGAUGAGAAUAAUAUGCCACUUGAAUGAAAGUGGUGCCAGUUUGUGUUGUAAAUCCUUUUAAAUAAAGAUGUUAUAGAAAAGUUUCA